AAUACACAUGUGUGCAUAUGAGCGUCAGGGUCUCAUGCUUAGUCAACUGAGUCAGUGUAUUUCCGCUUGCCGCCAGCUGAACUCACACACAAAUGCCAUUUGUGUGCAUGUUACAUUUUGCACGUCACUCUUCAAUAUUUUCAUAGCAUGUUUGAGAUCAUCAAAUCCUUCAAAUUCAGGGAGUGAAGUGAAGUGAAUUGUCGAGCAACAAUUCUGUUUGAACCAACGAACCAAAUUAUAGCGUUACGAUUAUUAGGUGUCGCUGCUGUCGUACAAAAUUAAUAAAUUCACUUGAUGAUUAUGGUAUGCAGUCGAGUCGCACGUUCAGUUACGAUUUUCCAUUGAAAUUUACAACACAGUAUCAUUGUAGUAGUGAUAAUUCGUGGAGUGUUAGAGUAUUCGGUGAAUUUGUAGCGGUUUGAGGCGAGUAGUUGAUCGUAGUUGCUCGGAGAGACGCGAGUCAAGUAAUUAUGCCAGCGAUAAGGUGCCAACAAACGUCACCAAUACACGGUCGUACGUUGAAUUACGCCGGAAAAGGUAACUGCUGUAGUUAUAGACAUUGAGCUUUUGCUCCCUGAUUGAAUCCUUUGGGGGAAGAGGUUGAAGAAUUUUAAAUUGUCAGCCCCACCUAUUCAUAACCACUCAAAAAUAUUUUAGUGUGUCAAUUAUUAUCAGUUUGUUUGAAAUUGUACGAUAAUCGUGAAAGCAAUGACAACUUUUCGAGAAUAACCUGUUUGUCGAUAGUGAGAUGUCAUGAUGGUUUGAUUAAUCGGAAAUCAAGAUGCAGCGAGGUCAGUUGAAGGACAUCUCGUCCUGGAUGGCUCGCUUGCUCCCGGAAUCUUUGGACAAUUUUACAAAAUCAGAAGGUCAGAAAAUGUUCGGUGCCAAGACCACGGGCUCCAGUACAUUUUAUACAGAUCUAGAGGAAACUGAAAAUGAAGAGACAAUACUCCGAGAAUUCCAUAAGAAUCAGGGUUCACAGGAUUCCCAGACAGCUAGUGACGAUGGCAAUUCUCAGGACUCUGAUUCCGCUGUGUGCAUUGAGGAGCAUCAGGCACAACAGCAAUAUACAAGUCAUUCCUUCCACAGGAUCGCAAGUUUUGGGGGCUUUCCUAGAUUUCAACCUUUCGUUAUGUCUGCCUCGACACCUGGUGAAUGCACCACGGUCGAGAGAGUCGAGGAGACAACUUCCAUUGUCCAGAUGUCACAUAGUGUGCUAGAGUAUAGAAGCAGCAGAUACACAAGUUCAUCGAAACAAUCUACCAAUCAGUAUAAUCUAGAAUCCUUCGAAAAUAGUGAAUCUGAGAGUGACGAGGAAUCUGAGGAUACUCGAUCUUCGCAAUCAGAAUUACGAGCAAUUCCCGACGAAAAAGAUGCACCUAGUGAAUUGAAAUCCUCUACACGAAUAGAUAAAUACGAUUCUAAGCGACAAAAGGCCCAAAAAGUUGCUGAAGAACUUCUCAACACUGAGAACAAAUACGUGCUCAUUCUCCACCUGAUCGAUCAAGUAUUCCAGUUCCGGGUCGAUCAGGAGAAUCGAGCCCACCCAAUGUUUCCCCCUGAAACUGUCCAGCACAUGUUUUCCAACAUAAAAUCUAUUUACAAAUUUCACAAUGACUUCCUGUUACCCCAGCUCGAAGAACGAAUGAAAAAUUGGGAUACGAACUCGAGAAUUGGUGAUAUAAUGAAAAAUUUUGCACCCUUCUUGAAAAUGUAUACAGAAUACGUGAAGAACUUCGAUUAUGCCAUGAAUUUGAUUAGUACGUUACAACAGAAAGUGCCACGAUUUGCAGCGAUAGUCAAUGAAAUUCAGAAGCUCGACGAGUGUGCAAAACUCUCUCUGUCUCACCACAUGCUGAGUCCCAUCCAGAGACUACCCAGGUACGAACUUCUCCUCAAAGAUUAUCUGAAAAAUCUCAGCGAGGACAGCGAGGAUUACGAGGAUACCAAGAAGGCCUUGGAGCUUGUCUCAACGGCAGCAAAUCAUACGAAUGAAGCCAUGAAGAAAAUCGAUAAGUUCAAAAAAUUAUUAGAAAUCCAAGAAAGUAUUCACGAUGCCACGGACCUAGUCAGCGCGACUCGUGAGCUCGUCAAAGAGGGUCGCAUCGUCAAAAUAUCAGCGAGAAGUGGUGAUCACCAGGAGAGAUAUUUAUUUCUAUUUAGUGAUAUUCUACUGCUCUGUUCGAUAAGACUGAUACCAGGACCAUUGUAUCGAUUGCGAGCCAAAUUUUUCAUUGAAAAUCUUGAAGUCGUUGAGGGUGAUAAUCUGGAAACUGCCAAUACUUUUUAUCUGAGGUAUGGAAAUAAAAGUAUUGAAUUGUACACACACUCUGGUGCGGAAAAAGCUGCUUGGUUGGAUGCACUUUUCCAAACAAUGCAGGAGAUAAUAAAGAGAAAGGCCAGUUUGAAAACAGGCAGUACGAAGACUGCCUUAGUUAAGGCUGAUGAUGUUACUAGGUGCAUGGUCUGUGAAGCUAUAUUCUCAGUUAUGAAGAGGAAGCACAAUUGUAGGGCAUGUGGAAUUGUCGUAUGCAGUAAAUGCUCAAACCAAAAAUUAUUGUUCGAGGAUAACAAGAAUAUGAGGGUUUGUCGUCUUUGUCAUGCAGCACUGACUCAACCCUUGACUAAAUCCCCGUCUUCACCAGCUGGUCCUGUCCCAAGUCUUCUUCAAGUCUCUGCUAAUGCACCGUCCGUACUCUCCGGUUAUCUAUUAUUGAAGACUCAGGCGAGUAAACCCUGGGCUCGCAGAUGGUUCUCACUGCAUUCUGAUUUUGUUCUCUACACUUUUAAAUCUGAAGCUGAGAAUUUGGCACUCACUGCAACUCCAAUGCCGGGAUAUACACUCACUGAGGGAAAUGAUUUGCCUGAUGAGGAUCCAUUAAAUCCGAGGGAUAGAAAAGGCACAUUCAAAAUUCAUCAUUCCAGAAAAUGUUAUUAUCUCCAGGCCUCUUCCCAACAGGACAUGGACAGGUGGAUGCAUGCUCUCAGUCUAGCUACCAAAGCUGAAUUACCCCACUCAAGGCAAGACGACCAGCCAGAGUCCCAAUCUGCUCAGCCAGUACAUAAUCAAGAUUAUUUACAACCAUAAAGAGAAAUAGAAAUUUAAUAAGUAAACAAAGAGACAGCAACGCACAAAAGAGCUAAAGUUUUGUACCUUGGUAUUUAUGAAAUUGAACUAGCCAAUUUUUAUAUCUUUAAACACAUCAUCAGCAUUAGCUAUUUGUACAUUUAAGUAAAUAAUUAUGUUAUUAUGUUCUAUACAGUAAUUUGUUGGUAACGAAAAAUCAAGUCAAUUGACUGUGCAACUGAAGCGCUUGUUGUUUUGUAAUAUUGUGUUAUAGUAUAUUUAAAUAUAUAUCCCAGUAAAUCUAAGUGCUCGUGUGCUUUGACGAAUGAAACUGCCAGAGAAUUCGAAAUUCAUUUUAAAAAAUAUCCAAUUGCUCGGAUACUAAAUAAGGUAGCUACCAAUUUUGUAAAUCUACAAUCCGAAAAAUUUUAUUUCUACUUGAAUUGUUCUCAGGGAUCUUCAAGUCAGGAAUUAUGUUUUUUUUUUAAUUCGAUCGGAAAAAUGUGUGGAGACCGGGUGGCAUUUAAUAAAUUUUUCUCAUCUUGCAAA